UGGGCUCGUGGCAUAGCCUGGUACUCGCGUGCCAGAAGACUACCGUCACAAUUUUUCACCUCGGGAUAAAAAAGGACAAAAUCAACAAUUACACUCACUUUUAAACCCCGUGUAUAAGUUUUUGGGGACUCGAUAGCAUCAGUCAGAUUCUUUAUUUUACAUUAGGAUAACAGUAUUUUGAUUUUACAUUUUUCUCAAGAACGGAUAACGAGGACGAUACUUCGACCACGGUUGUGUUUACACGGUAUGACUGAAACUCAUCUUUUCAAAAUCGCAACUGACGCAAGGAAGGAGUGCAUUUUUGGACGGUCUUGGUGGGGCACAUAGGAACUCUACUACUGUAUGAAAUGCCUACCAACUGACUUUUGCUUCCAGGAUUGCACCUUUGGUUCUAUAUUUGGGUCUAAAGUUCAGUGGUUCUGUCAUCUGGGAUUGUUGUUUUGUGGGAGAGUGUGGCGUCAUGACUUGGAGAUAGAUCUUGCUAUGAGUCUGGCGUGGAAAAUACCUCUUGGAAGGUGUGCAGCGGGCUACAGACGGGGAGGAAUCGACAUCGGCAACUGAUAGGCUACCCCUGUUUUUACCGAGCGUAAUGCACCUGGCAUGAAGACAGAGAAUGGAUAUUAUAUGGGAACUAUUUAUUAUUCUUCACGCCAAUUUCAUCAUCUGUAUAUCAGCUCAGCCAAAUGUACCUAAAAUACAUGAGGGAUGGUGGGCGUACAAGGAGGUUGUUCAGGGGAGUUUUGUACCAGUGCCGUCAUUCUGGGGGCUAGUGAACUCAGCUUGGAACCUGUGCUCCGUGGGGAAGAGGCAGUCUCCCGUCAACAUCGAGACAAGCCACAUGAUCUUUGACCCCUUCCUCACGCCCAUCCGGCUCAACACAGGAGGACGCAAGAAUAUCUGCCGCAGAGAAGGAGGAAACGCUGAUGGACCAUGUCAGGUGGGCGGGACCAUGUACAACACGGGUCGCCACGUCUCACUGCGAAUGGACAAGGAGCAUCUUGUGAAUAUCUCUGGUGGACCAAUGACGUACAGCCAUCGCCUGGAGGAGAUCCGGCUGCACUUCGGCAGCGAGGACGGACAGGGCUCUGAACACCUUCUCAACGGACAGGCCUUCUCAGGAGAGGUUCAACUUAUACACUACAACCACGAGCUGUAUACAAACUACACAGAGGCAGCCAAGAGCCCCAACGGACUGGUCAUAGUGUCUAUAUUUAUGAAGAUUGCGGAGACUUCAAAUGCGUUCCUGAAUCGAAUGUUGAACAGGGACACCAUCACAAGAAUAACAUAUAAAAAUGAUGCGUAUCUACUGACGGGCCUGAACAUCGAGGAGAUUUACCCAGAAACCUCUAGUUUCAUCACGUACGACGGGUCCAUGACCAUCCCGCCGUGUUUUGAGACGGCCACGUGGAUCCUGAUGAACAAGCCAGUGUACAUCACACGGAUGCAGAUGCACUCCUUACGGCUGUUGAGUCAGAACCAGCCGUCUCAGAUCUUCCUGAGUAUGAGCGAUAACGUUCGCCCGGUUCAACCGCUGAACAACCGCUGCAUCCGGACUAACAUCAACUUCAGCAUGCAGGGCAAAGACUGUCCCAACAACAGGGCCCAGAAGCUCCAGUACCGAGCCAAUAUAUCUGGGCAACUGCUGCACAAAAUGUGAAUUUUACACCUGAAGCGUAAAUACAGUGAGGGCAAGAGUGAAUGAGUGGCUGCUAAAGUAGUCCCUUGGAUGAGCACAGAAACAAGAGUCAAAGACAGACCGAAAGAGAGAGAGAGAGAGAGAGAGGAACGAGAGAAGGAAGAAAACAACUGGAGUCCGACCAAGGCUGCAUCCCAUCUAAGAUUAUUUCAUGGCAUUGUAAAAAGAGAAAAAAGAAACUGAACAUAACAAAGUAAAAUACUUUGCGUUGCUUUGCAAAGAGACUACUACUUUUCAUACGUACAUCGACAACUAUUUGUCCAACACAUGCUAACACACCCACCCAGUACAAAUAUAUCUAUUACGAAACCCGUUUUGAUACUGAUACUUUUUUGGGAGAUAAAAAAAAAAUAGUUGAAAACAUACAAAAACACGGAAGCAUUUCUUUCGUAAAGCCUCUUCACAUGAACUGAGUGGGACUUUUAGCCUUUGUACAUAGACACCUUGCUACCAGGGGGGGUUCUUAAGGACUUAUUAAGACACUGCCCCUAGUGGUGCAGACAGAGAAGGUAUGCAAGGCUCAUAGCUGCAUCGUCAUCACCUACAAGGCAUGCCGACUGCAACAACCCAAGAGAGCGAGACCUUACAUUCUUGCCUUGUAACAGUAGGUCAUUACAAAAGGAAAAACGGGGAUGGAGCUUCUGUCUAAGGGAUGAACCGAUGCGUGUCUCGGCCUUUGUUGUACAUAGUAUAAUUAUCAGUACUGCUGAAAAAGAAAAAUACAAAAACAUUUAAAAAUAUAUUAAGAGGAUUAAAAAAAAGAGAUGACAAAACUUGAGUAUUUUAAACGCUUGGCACACUGAAUUCUGGAAGCAGUUCUGAGCUGAAGCCUUUUCUUUCAGUUUUAUUGUUUACAAUGGUCAUACACUGUGUUUGAGUAAUGUUAUCAGCCCAAUAAAUGUGUCUGGAAAGUUCA